CCAGAACCCCUUUACAUUUUAAGCAAAAUCAUUCAAACCUCACUGAAUUUCUCUCGUUUUCGAUCCGAUCACGACAAUGGAGGUCUAUUGAAAUCUCAAAAGGAAAAAUUGAACGAUUCCAUUCUGUUGGAUCUCUCUGAAUUCAAAUCUAUUCGCUGCGUUUUCGCCAUGGCCGCACCGUUUUUCUCAACGCCUUUCCAACCUUACGUCUAUCAGGUGCUCACUACUUCAACAAGCCCACAAGAUGCUGUGAUACCUUUUCAGAUUCUGGGUGGUGAAGCUCAGGUGGUUCAGAUAAUGUUGAAGCCACAAGAAAAGGUUGUUGCAAAGCCUGGUUCCAUGUGCUUCAUGUCUGGGUUCAUCGAAAUGGAAAAUGUUUUUGUCCCUGAAAAUGAAGUAGGUAUGUGGCAAUGGCUUUUUGGGAAGAGUUUGAGUAGCAUAAUUCUUCGUAAUCCUGGUCCAACUGAUGGAUUUGUUGGGAUUGCUGCACCUUCUCUUGCAAGGAUUCUCCCGAUUGAUUUGGCUAUGUUUAAUGGAGAAAUUUUAUGUCAGCCAGAUGCAUUCCUUUGCUCAGUCAAUGAUGUGAAGGUCAGUAAUACAGUUGAUCAACGAGCACGUAAUGUCAUCGCUGGUGCUGAGGGAUUUCUGAGACAGAAGCUAUCAGGCCAGGGGCUUGCAUUCAUACUUGCGGGUGGAUCAGUUGUGCAGAAAAAUCUUGAAGUGGGUGAGUUAUUAGUUGUUGAUGUAUCUUGUAUUGUUGCCCUGACAACCGCAGUCAAUGUUCAAGUAAAGUACAAUGGUCCUAUGAGAAGAGCAGUGUUUGGGGGUGACAAUCUAGUAACAGCUACUCUAACGGGCCCAGGCAUUGUCUUUAUCCAGAGUUUACCCUUUCACCGAUUCUCUCAGCGCAUUGCCAGGGCUGUUACAUCCCCUAACAUGAGGGAGAAUCCAAAGUUCUUCAUUCAGAUAGCCAUUUUCUUUUUUCUGGCAUAUGUUGUGAUUGUAUCUUCAUUAAUCUUAACUGAUGUAUGAAUUAUAGUUGUCUUUCUUCUUCUUUUUUUAAUCAAUUUCUUCUAAAAACCAAUAUUAUAUAUCCCCUGUUUUUUAAAUGAUGGGCUCGGUUAGUUUGAUUUCAAUAUAGGAAAAAAAGGAGAGGCUUUCUUGCUGUUUGAUUA